AACUUCCAGCUGCUGCUGUGUCAGCUCCAGCUCCCUGAUCCUCUUCUUCUGUUGUUCAGCCUCCUUUUCCUUCACCUGCAUCUCAGCCUGGUGCGAGCGGAGACUAUGCAGAAGGCCUCAGAACUGGUUCCCAGUGGGAUGCUGUCAGUCAUUGGUAGACCUCAGGAUCAGUAUAAUUAUGCCUGUCUGCAGGCAAAAGAGCACUGCAAGAGUCUGGGGAUGGAGAAUCCUGUGUGCUCUGUGGCCAACUACCUGUUUCCAGAUGGCAGGGUUAUUGCAGGGCACCAGCAGGCUCUGGAUUUCCUCCAGGAAAACUCUCGGCGCCUAAAGUUCAUGCGGACCAAAACUCUCCCAGUCAGUGGUGCGUUCCAUACUGAGCUGAUGGCAUCGGCUACUGAACCCCUCAGAGAGGUGCUCCGGCAGGUGGAGAGUGACGGAAAGUCUUCCUUCACCAUGAACUCAAACUGA